UGAUGGGUCCCCUACUUCCCUCUAUAUAUUGUAUAACUCUCUUCUCAGAAUAUAAGGUUCUAUCUCUGUCUCUCUUUUUCUCUCUCACUUUCUCACUUGUGUGUGUGUGUGUUCAACUCACCCAUUUUGGAUGGACCUGACUUGACUUGCCCAGAUCCUGGAAUUGUUUUAUUUUUUUAUCUUUGUAUCUUUUGUGGUUUGUCACACUCGGCCCAGUGGCAAUGAUUUGGUUUCUAUUCUCACAGGAAGAGUAAAAGGUAGAAAUCAGGUAGAAGUGCUCAUAGAAGAUGAAGGAGAUAGCAUAAUGUUUGAACAAGUAGACCCUAGUAAACUGGAAGGCUGGAUGGGCUAUGAGUGUGAUCUGUCAUAGCUUUCACUAACUCACUUACUCACUAGAUCAGCUCUCUUGGUGGAAAGUUGGGGACAUAGUCUCUGUAGGUCUGAGACAAAAUGCUGCUUUUCCUGGAAUAAGGAAGGGAGGCCCUAUAGCCGGAGAGACUGAUAUCUAUCUAAACUCCGUUGGUCCUGGCAUCCUAGUGGGAAUGUGUAUGUUUUUGAUAUCCUUGAUAAAUUCAUGUUAGUUCAUUCCUUCAUUCUAAGAUUUAGCCCUAGUUCCCAUCCUAUCCAUCUUGUCCAGGACAGAUAGUAGCAAGGAUCACUUUCUGCAUUAAUAAUGGAUGAGAGAGAAGAGGUAGUAAGCCAAUAAACCCAACUUGGCAUUCAUCAAACAACCAGAUUAAGGUGGGAAGAAAUUCCACACGUUCCACACUAAAUUCCAUCCUAAUUUUUGGUUCCAGACCAGGGACUUCCACUCCCUUCCCUGGGGGAGCACACCCCUUUGGAGAAUUUAGAAGAGGUACAGAAAGCACAGUACAUUCCUGGGGUGCUAGAACCUAGCAUCGGGUGCCAGAUUUUUAGUGUUCCAUCCCAUUUAGCUCAUGCGGCAGUUUCCAAGAGAUCUCCACGAGAGCCAGGAAUUCCAGGGAGAGGAGGAAUUGGAACUGAAUGGUUUGGGAAAUUGUUUUUCCAUCUUCACCAGGGCUACAGAUCUUUGCCGUCUGAUCAGCAAGACAUGUCCAAAUUUGAGAGAGCCCCCAGAUUCCAGUGGGAUAGGACAUGUCUAUGUCUCUCUGUCUUUCUGUCUCUCUCUCAUUUUCUGUGUGUGUGUAACUCACCCACUGCGGAUGGACCUGACUUGACUCACCCAGAUCCUGGGGAGAAGGAACCGAGCUGAGUCACGUGCCGUGCCUCUGCAAUGCAAAUUAAUGAGUUAAUUACCAUACAGUCAGCAAGGGGGCCGCUCCGCCGAGCCCAGCAGUUCUCUCUGCAAGGCCCGGUUCCUGCCCGGGAGAGCUGGGAUUGUUUCCAGCCUGAAAUGCCUCGCUGUCUAGGGUGACAGCGGAAGCCCCCGGCGGGAUUUCUCGCUGGCUACUGCGGAGCGAGGCCCGAGGACCGGGCGCCGGGGGAGAGAGCAGCCGGGUCUCGGAAGCAAGAUGAAAGCGCCUGGGCGGGGAUACCUCUCCCCCAAUGGCUGGUGGCAUCCAGCAAACAGCAGCACCUGGAUCUUUAUUUAUUGGGGGAUCACUGAAUAAGGUCCUAUGGUUAAGGACUCUUCCUUAUGGUUCCAAGAUCUUUGAAAGUUCUGUCCACAUUGGAGUAAAGAAAGCAAGGAAGAAAAGGAAAGAGGGGAAAAAAGCCAGUAAGUGACAUAAUGUUCCGAAAAAAGAAAAAGAAACGUCCAGAAAUCUCUGCUCCACAGAACUUCCAGCACCGUGUCCACACAUCCUUUGACCCCAAGGAAGGCAAGUUUGUGGGCCUCCCUCCACAAUGGCAGAACAUCCUGGAUACCCUGCGGAGACCCAAACCUGUGGUAGACCCUUCACGUAUCACCCGGGUCCAGCUCCAGCCCAUGAAGACGGUGGUCCGGGGCAGCACCAUUGAAGUGGAAGGCUACAUUUCUGGGCUGCUCAAUGAUAUUCAGAAGCUCUCUGUCAUCAGCUCCAACACCCUUCGGGGCCGGAGCCCCACCAGCAGAAGGAGAGCCCAGUCACUGGGGCUCUUGGGGGAUGAACGAUGGGGCCCAGACACAGACAUGUACCUUCAAAAUCCCCAGCCUCAGGGGGCUGACCCUUAUGGUAUCUACCUCAACUGCAAUGGGGGAACCAAAGCAGGCCGGAGAGAAAUGAUGUGGCCAGAAUACCAAGCUGAUCAGGCCCAGCCUAAUGGGCUGGUGAUGAAAACCCAAUCCCUGGGGCCCACAGAGUUCCAAGGAGCUGCUCAGCGAUGCUUACAGCUCACUUCUUGCCUGCCCAGUUCAUCCUUAGGGACCUCCCCUGCCCUGCCCUCAAGCAGAGGUGGCAAGGUUGGGAGGCAGAAUUCAGAGGACCGAAGACCCCAGUCUUGCCUGGUGGGCCCAGCUGGGGGCAGGCCCAGUGGGGAAGGCAGCCCCAGCCCCAAGACUCAAGAAAGCAGCUUGAAGAAUAAGCUUUUCCGUAGCAUGUUUAUUACUGAUGGCAACAGCAAGCCAGUCCCAGCUGCAAAGAGCAAGCCCAUUCCCCUCUUUCGAUCGACACAGAAAGACUCUCCCCCAAGCCUUCCGGCCAAGGCACAGUCUUUGAUCUCAGACCAGUCUGUGGGGGAUUUUAAUAACCUGAUCAUCUCUGAAACCAGCAGCCCCCAGAAGUCCCUACGGACAGUUCCAGCAGCGGUCCCGCCCCUUGGCCGCCCCUCCCCCGCCGGCUCCCCCCGAACCCGGCACCCUCAAACCAGCGCCAGCAACCUGCACCUCCCCCAGGACCCCGCCGCAGCCAAGGCCCUCGUGCCCACUGGGGAGGAGCCGGGCAUCGUGACCCAUGAGCAGUUCAAGGCAGCCCUAAGAAUGGUGGUGGACCAAGGAGACCCCCGGUUGCUGCUGGAGAGCUAUGUGAAGAUCGGGGAGGGCUCCACCGGCAUCGUCUGUCUGGCCCGGGAGAAGCACUCUGGGCGUCAGGUGGCCGUCAAGAUGAUGGACCUGAGGAAGCAGCAGCGCCGGGAGCUGCUCUUUAAUGAGGUGGUGAUCAUGAGGGAUUAUCAGCAUGUCAACGUGGUAGAGUUGUACAAGAGCUACCUGGUGGGUGAAGAGCUGUGGGUGCUGAUGGAGUUUCUGCAGGGGGGUGCCCUUACUGACAUCGUGUCUCAAGUCAGGUUGAACGAGGAACAGAUUGCCACUGUGAGUGAAUCAGUUUUGCAAGCCCUCGCUUACCUUCACUCUCAGGGGGUCAUCCAUCGAGACAUCAAGAGUGACUCCAUACUCCUGACCCUCGAUGGAAGGGUGAAACUCUCAGACUUUGGAUUCUGUGCCCAGAUCAGCAAAGAUGUUCCCAAAAGGAAGUCCCUAGUUGGCACUCCCUACUGGAUGGCACCAGAGGUGAUCUCAAGAUCUCCUUACACAACUGAGGUGGAUAUCUGGUCUCUGGGCAUUAUGGUGAUUGAGAUGGUGGAUGGGGAGCCCCCAUACUUCAGCGAUUCUCCAGUGCAAGCUAUGAAAAGGCUCCGGGACAGCCCCCCACCCAAACUGAAAAACUCUCACAAGGCCUCCCCAGUGCUUCGUGACUUCCUGGAGAGGAUGCUGAUUCGAGACCCCCUGGAUCGAGCUACUGCCCAGGAGCUGCUGGAUCAUCCCUUCCUACUGCAGACAGGGCUUCCCGAGUGUCUGGUGCCUCUGAUUCAGCUCUACCGAAAGCGCACCUCUACCUGCUGAGCCUACUAAAAGUGUCCGUCUGCCUCCUGGGGUUCUGCUGGCCUAGGGAUGCUGGAUAGAGGAAGCACCAGCAGCCUUCCAGGCAGGCUAGGAAUAGUGCCUGCAUCAUCUCAGUAUUUUCUCCAAAGACUGAAUGUGAAAUGAUCCCCCACCCCAAACAGGUCCCAUGUGCCAACUAGGACUUCUCCCCUUGGUUCCCCUCUCUCUCACCCAAGAGAGACGCUAGUUGCCUUUGGGAUUACUGAGACAACUCUAGGCAGGAUGACAUUUUGGGAAUUCUCCAAUACGCAUCCAAUUCUUUGUACAGAACUGUUUUCGAGGAACCCCGAAGACCAGAAUAGUCUUGUACAAGCCAAUUUUAACCCUUCAUGUGGGGAUUUAAGAGCAUUGCACCAAAACCAUGUGCUCUAAUCCACCAAACAUGAAUCCUAUGUGUCAAUGGGAGGAGCUCAGUUUUAUUACUCCCCUUUGUGCCCAACUUACUUGGGGAUAGAGGGUGAGGAAAGGCAUGGAUAUCCUACCUAAAUCUAUUUUCUGAUUCUGCAUACAUCCUCCCCUAUAACCUGGGUGCUGCUCUGGCUUUGGGCCAGACAAAGAAUUGACCUUCAGCUGAAAACAAGCUAUUUUCACUGGGAAACUUUGUCUCAGGAGAGGAUGUAUUCUGGGACAAAGGGAUGACUCCCUCUAAGAGUUAGAGGAAGUAUUCAGGGAGCUUUUGGCUCUGGUUAGAUCCCAAAGCCAGGAUCAAUAAUGUCAGCCCAUCCUCAUUCCCAAAUAAUUUAGUUCCUAAGGGACUUUUUCAUCUUUGCCUCCCAUCCUCUAAAUCCAAACUAGGUCCCUGGCACAUGUGUAUUUAAGUCUAGUGGAGAUCUUUUGGGAUCCUUUCAGAAGUUUGUCCUAUUUCUGGAAGACCCUCAGGCUUCAGAAGCCCAGAGCCAGAAAUAGGCAGAAAGCAAUGGUCAGGUAACUGGAACUUAGUUUUACCUGUGAAUUUCACAAAUGGAACCCUUUCCCCCACCCUAUCAGAUACUCAAAUCACCGUGGUUCAAGGCCUUCAAGGUCUCAUUUCCUCACCUCAAGAAGAUCAUCAUAGAGGUGAGAUUCUCAGCAUAAUUUAUUUUCAUCUGCUUCCUUAGGCACUUCUAUUCAAUUUAACAAAUACUAAUGCAGUACUUCUAUGCCUAGUUCACAGUACUAGGCUAGGAGCUCCCAACAUCAGAGCUGUUGAAGGCAGGGAUCUCUAAAAAACAGUUUUGUCAGAUUCCUUCCCCAACCAGAAGGGAUUUUCUAAUUCCAUUGUUUCCCCAAAACCUGCUUUUGAGCAAGAUGGCAAAGUUUGUUUGUUUGUUUUUUUUAAGGUCAGAAUUGGAAACUGAUCAUCCUUCCUAGAGAACUUUUUGUGAAUUGUUUGCACUUGUUUCCUGUUUUAAAUUAAAAUAGGUGUUCUUAAGUUCAAA